UAUUUUCGAUUUCCUCGACCCGAUCGCUGCGGUUUCGCAUUUCGUAUCAUCGCUGCUGCAGUUCUCCGGAACGAUUUACUUUUAAAAACUAAGAGAUGAGACUAUCGUUGUUGCGUGCGGCCCGGCUCAACCCUGCCGUCAAGGAACUUCGCAUCCAUCUGUGCCAGACCGGCGAAGAAUCCAAGGGCGUUCGGGAUUUCAUCAACAAUGGUUACACAGCGCUAAAGAGGGAAAAUCCGAAACUUCCGAUUCUGGUUAGGGAAUGCAGUGGAGUGCAACCCAGGCUGUGGGCACGAUAUGAGCUUGGAAAGGAAAAGUCCGUCUCCCUAACUAAUGUCGGUGCAGCUGAUGUUGCUAAACAAAUUGCUGAGCUUGGAAAGUAGCCACUUGGUUAGAAAAAAAUGUUAAUAUAAUUUAAAGAACGAAAUAAAAAGGUGGCCCAAUAGUAA